AUGAGGCGCACCUUAAAUGCGGAUGAAUCUAGAGAGUCAUUGAUGACCGAAGGAGAGGAUAACAAUUGCGAGUCUGAUAUUGAUCGUGCAUACAGAAUAUUUUUGGAUCAUCUUAAGGAAGAUGGCAGGUCAUAUGUCUUUGAAAUGUCUCCUAAUUUUGUCAAAUAUGAACAAGAGGAAGAUUCUUGUAGUGAUGACAGUGACGAAAUGCAUGGUGAUCCAGAAACUUACCCAAGGGAUUCUGUAUGCAAAGAGAAAGCGACAUAUAGACUGUCUGGGAGAGGUAUACUAAAGCAUCUUAAGCUGAAAAAAACCACUAUUGAUCCUUGUUAUGAGGUAUUCCUACGUCAUGUCCAGGUGAGGGGUGGCUCAAUGCUCCUCAAAUUGGACAAUGGUAUUGCCGUCAAGUAUGAUGAACAAAUUGAAACCCCAACAACGUCAAUCACAACUGAGGCAACUCCUAUUCCCGCCAAAGAUUCGGAAUUGAAGUGUAAACCUUCCAUAUUUUAUGAUUCAUUCGUAAGUACCUUUUUAAUUGAUUGGUUUCAGGUAGAUCAACGUUAUUUGUUCUCUUUGCUAAACUAUUCUGUGGUUUUAGGCUUCUGUGUUUGAGGAUAAUGAAGCACGCAGUGAAAAUCGCAGAUGCAGUAAGAAAUCUUACUUUAGAAAAAGACUUGAAACUAUUAGUGGUAAACCAUUUGAUCGGGACGACUUUGAACAUCUUUUUAAUGAAGUAAGUACUUCUAAACCAAUCAAGAGAGAUAAACAGUUACGUGGAGCUAUAAAGACAUAUGAAACAAAAGAAAUGGGAAAAUCAUAUUUCGAUCAUCUCCCAGGUAAGUUCAUGUACACAUGCCACACUUUUUAGUUUGAGAUGUAUUCCAUGUUAUCUUCUAUAAAUAGUUUUAGAUACUAGUAUCAUGCUAUCAGACACCACUUAAUCCACAGGGGCAUUUUCUAUUGAAUGGUUCAGCAUGCUAAAGAUUCAAUUUUAAAGAUCAAGAUUAUAUGGGCAACCCUUGUUUCAUCAGUCUUAUUCAUUGGAUGCUUCCUUGAAUUAUUAUAUGCACAACUGAACUAUAUUUCGAAAUUAACAAUUGUGCAAUUUUAAAAGUACAGCAUUGAGUAUUUCUUCUAUUUUAAGAUGCUGGAUUUUUCGUUUAAUAUUUUAUUUAUGCCAAAUGAUCAGAUUUUUUUGCGAGGUCUUUUAUCUAUUGAAUAAUCGGUUAGAUUAUUUUUUUAGUUAUUUAUCCACCUAUUCAUUUAAGACAAUUAUAAGUUUUGUAGUUAUUACAUGUUAACACAUAGAGGGGAACUACCUCUCAGACCCCUGCUAACCAAGAAAGGACGACCACUUAGUGGAGCCCUCUUAGAUGGAAAUGAUAGUAGGCUUGCCUACCACAGAAGAAGUUACUGAAAAUGGGUACAAAAUUUGUAAGUCAUUCCUUAAACAAAGGUGAUAAGUUGUGGUUAUCAGUUUAUAAUUACAGGGUCAAUGCAUCUAAAACCAAUCGGUGCCAAUCAACUAGGCUAAUCCCUGGAAAUCCUGGUUGUCCCUUAUGCGGAAUCUGGCACACAUCUAGUAAUAGGAUUUUAAAAAAAAUUUAAAUACUCUUGACCUAUAAAAAUCCCAAAAUAAGUUUCAUUUCAAACUAAUGAAUGAGGUUCAAAUGUCCAAUAAUUAAAUUAACAUACAUUUGUAUCAUUACAGAUGGCACGUUUUAGUUCAAAAUAAAACCAAUGUCCAGUGGUUUUUUAAGUUAUAAAAUUAUAACAAUGCUAUUAAAAUUAUCUAAGAAUAAAUCCUUGUAACAUUGUAAAGAGUAUUUUCACUCCUGUCUGAGCUUAAAAUCCUGUCACGGUCAAGGGAUAUCAUUGGAAUAUUCUGCUGCCAUUUAGUUUUUCUUUCAAUAAUCUGAGAAAGAAAAGUAUUCUCUCUCAGUCAGGGAGGGAGAGAGGAUGGGGGGAGUGAGGCAAAAAUGAUGGCUUCAGCCGUGGUGUCUUCAAUGAGAGGGUGAAGGCUGGCUCAGGAUGGGAGCUAAAACAGGAGAUAGAUAGAUGCAUAGACUGCAUAGAUGUACAGAGAGAGAGAGAGAGAGAGAGAGAGAGAGAGAGAGAGACUAAAUAAUAAGAGCUGAGUGGUAGUUUGAGGUCUAUUGGGGCUUACUGCUAACUCAGGUAUGUUUUGGCGAGCUGAAAGAAAAACUCUAAAUUCUAAAGCCCAGGCCAUGCUGAAUCAUGUGUGAUCCGCAUUGAUCUACCAUAGAGAUAUAUUCAAUCCCCCAUGUCGAUGUCAGGGGGCGCCCACAGUCUAGCAAUGGGAGUCGGUUUUAAAUUUUCUGAUGAUGAUGCUUGGAUAUUUUUUCCAAUUAAAAUUAUUUAUGCUAAAAGAUUAUGAAAAAUAUCAUUGUUAAACUCUCAUAACCUUGCCCCAAUGAUAGUCAACACAUGCUCUGCAUAAUCUGCAUAGUCAACCCAUUACACCCUUUCAUAACCCAGAAAUAAUUUUCUUCCGCAUUCUGCUGGUUCAACCCUUUGGGCACAUUGCUCUUAAUAACUAAUUAGUUUUCUUAAUAGCACGUAUUUUUCUUUAAAUUCCUAGAUUUUGCCAACCAGAUUACGACAGCUUGCUGCGACGUCCAACGUUUCAAGCAACUCCGGGGCUUUUUUUUCUGGUUAAAGGUACCGGGUUUUCUCCCAUACUUUUCCUUUGAUGCUUUCAUUUAUUUUGCCUCUUCUGCCGUUGUAUGGUUGCUUGGAUUCUUUAGUAUCUUGGUGGAUUUCUGGGCGAGUUCUAAGGGUUGUUCCUAAACGUCUUCCUCAAAACGCUUCCCAGAAUCUGUGCCACGAUGGAUCAUUUAGACCGUGGUUAGAUGAGAGCUUCAACUCUUGUGCCUACUGCCGGUGA